AUGUUUGCAGAGCGGUCCAAGGCCAUCCAUGAUUGGGCGGCCAAAUGCCCUGCCAAAUGGAAAGGAAAGCAGCCCACCUUUGACGAAUCUGCUGCAGAGAUGCGCGAGUUUUUGGGUCUUGGGCUGUUGCGCCACACGUCGCUCAGAGACGAACCAGAGUGGUUUUUCGAGGCGCACCGCGCCGUUGCUCUCAGCGAGCACAACCUGGGCAUGGGCUUCUGGACGCGCCUGACGGUGCAGUUCAACCUCUUCGCGGGGACCGUCCUCGCAGUCGGCGGCGACGAGCAGGUUGCGCAGCUGGACGCGAUGCAGGAGAAGCAGCAGCUCGGCUGCUUCGGUCUUACCGAAAAGUUUGCCGGCGUCAGCUCUGGCCUUAUUGUGGAGACCUUAGCAGAGUAUGACCGCGCUUCGCGGCAAUUCGUGCUCCGCACGCCAAGUGAGGGCGCAAAAAAGAAUUGGAUAUCCCAGGGGUUCGUGGCCGACAAGAGCGUGGUGAUUGCAGAUUUGAUGAUCGACGGGAAGUCCAGGGGACCACAUGCUUUCCUUAUAGAUUUCCGCACAAUCGUCGACGGCAAAAAGCAGUUGGUGUCAGGUAUCACUUUGGACGACAUGGGCCCAAAGACCGCGGCCAACAGCCUAGACAAUGCUUGGAUCCACUUUGAUGACGUUCGUGUCCCCGAAACUGCCCUCCUCAAUCGCUACGCGACCAUUGACGCCGAAGGGAACUACGUGACUAAGCAAGCGGGGAUGUUCACAAUGGGAAUGAUCGGUCAGCGCCUAUUCACUGGGCGCGUCGGUGUAGCCCAGGUUGCAACCCUGUUUGGUAAACGCCUGUUCGCCCACACCAAGGCGUAUACCGACAACAAGCAGUUCAACGGUCCCAAAGGGAUGCGCCCCCCGCUUUCGAUGCUACCGCAGGUGAUGUCCCUGUUUUCCAAGGCCGAGGCGGCCUUCGACUACUGCGAGCGCUACAAUGCGCUCGUGGAGGCGGAGCUGUGCGACUGCCUCCGUAAGGGCAAGCUCCCACCGCCUCGGCUGACCGACGCGAUUGCCACUGCUAAGGUUCGCUCGGUGGAGACGUGCGUCACACUCUGCUUCAAAUUGAAGCAAACAGUUGGCGCGUACGCACUCAUGGAGCACUCAAUGUUUGGGCUGCUUGACAAUAUGCACGUGGCCAAGUGCGCCGAGGGGGAGUCCUGCAUCCUGAUGGCCAAAAUGGCGGGCGACCGCAUGAAGGCGGGUGAUGUGCCGAAUUCUGGUGAGGAGGAGCAGAAGCUUGUGGCAGAGCUCAGGCAGUCUUCAUUGACUGCAGAGUCUGACAAGGCUUUCUACCUCGCCGAGCUGGUCAUGGACCGCCUGAUGCAACAGUACCUUGGCCAGCCCAUCCCAAAGGGUGUUGGGCGGACUUUCGCCGAUGACUUUCAUCUUUCAAGGCUCUAA